AUGUCAGACAACACUGAAAUUGAGCGUAAGUUCCUUGUGAGCAACACCGACUUUUUAACGACGGAAAAUGCAACACGACAUAUUGUUCAGGGCUAUUUGUGCAACGAAGCAGAGAAGAUCGUUCGAGUACGUGCCGAUGAGAAAAGUGGAUUCAUUACGAUCAAAGGGACGACAAAAGGAAUAACACGAAAGGAAUAUGAAUAUCCCAUUCCAAAAUCGGACGCAGAAGAAUUGAUGUCGUUCUGUGCAGAGAAAAUCGAGAAGACACGCCACUUGAUUACUUACGAAGGACAUACGUUUGAAGUCGACUUCUUUGAAGGGAAGAACAAAGGGUUGAUAAUGGCGGAGUUAGAAUUGACGUCUGAAGAUGAGAAGUUUGCAAAGCCAAGUUGGCUUGGAAAAGAAGUUUCGGAUGAUCCAAGAUAUUAUAACGCAAAUCUCAUUAAGAAGCCAUUCACCACUUGGUAA